AUGGCCUUGGUCUUGGCCUGUGCUCUUCUCUUGCCACCAAUUCAGUAUGUGCUCUUCUCAUGCCGCUGUGAGUCUGUGACAGCCAAGGCCGGGGAAAGCUUUAACGGUCUAUUUGUUAGUAUAAAUAAGUAUGCUUUUCUUCUCCAGAAUUUCAUCGACAUCGUCGACACGUUCUGGACGCAAUCAGAGCGGUUCGGCACCGAGAUCUUCACGGAGACAGUCACCAAGGUCGAUUUCUCCUCGAGGCCGUUCAAGCUCUUCAUGGAUUUGAGAACUGUGCUCGCCGAUGCCGUCAUCAUCUCCACCAGAGCUGUCGUGAAACGGUUGAGCUUCGUCGGAUCUGGCGAAGGCGCUGGUGGGUUCUGGAACCGAGGGAUCUCAUCCUGUGCUGUAUGCGACGGCGCCGCUCUGAUCUUUAAGAACAAACCUCUGGUAGUUAUCGGCGGCGGAGACUCUGCGAUGGAGAAGGUUUAUAUAAUCCACAGGUGCGAUACGUUUAGAGCGUCGAAGAUCAUGCAGCAGAGGGCGUUGUCGAAACCUAAGAUUAAAUUGAUUUGGAACUCUGUGGUGGAGGCAUAUGGAGAUGAGAAUGGGAAAGGUGUGCUUGGUGGUUUGAAGGUGAAGAACGUUAUUGUUAGUGGUGAUGUUUCGGAUUUGAAAAUAUCUGGGUUGUUCUUUGCGAUUGGUCAUGAACCGGCAACGAAGUUCUUGGAUGGGCAGCUUGAGCUUGAUGAGGAUGGGUAUGUGGUGACCAAGCCUGGUACCACUAAGACGAGCGUUCUUCUCUACGAGGCUGUGGAUUUCUAACUAUAUAAAAGGACGCUCCAGCUCCUAUGCCAAAAGAUACAAAUUUGGAUGUAAUUAGAGUCUUAGCUGAUGUAAUAAACCACCUGAUUCUCAUAUAUUGCAAAGCCUCAGAGUUAUUUGCAAGACAUGGUUUGAUGGUUAUGGUGAACUCAGUAUGACUGCAGCAUAGAACAAGCCGUUGGUGGGGUGUUUUACAAAAGUUCAGAACUCAUCAGUCCGUAUAACAACUUGCUUAGCUGUGGGAUUGUUAUAAAGAUGGUUGUUGAAGGUGAGUAACCAUAUGUUGGAUGGGAGAAGAAGCGAAUAAGCAAGUCAGAGUUGGAUGGGUUUCCUUUAAUUUACAUUUUAUUGAUGGAGAUGGCAUGAACAACAGAAGAAACUCACAAAAAGUCAUCAGGCUGUCAUUCAAUUGGCUGCAAAAGGAAAAGUUCAAGUACAUGAGAGGAUGAACAAUACAAUUAAUCCAACAAUUGGCAGAAGAACUUUCAAUCAAUAGACUGAAACCCGAAAGGAAGAGAAGCAACACCUUCUUUUUCUUCAUGUGCCUUUGCAGCAUGAUGAUUUAGUGUAGCUUUGUCAGCAGAUGCCGUUCUUAAGCGAAAAGAAGAUAUAAAUGCUGGGAGUAUUUGUAUUUUUUAAACUAACGUUGAUUAACACUUUCACCUGAGAGGUACUGUAAUAGAAAGUUAUUUUUCAUUGA